UGUUGUUGUUUGCGGAAGCUAUGGCGGAAGCUAGCAAAUUCAAGUCAUGUGACGAAUCGAGCGACGAAAGGUCUGAAAUGGACACAUUAGCGAGGACCCGCAACAAAACGAUGGAAGAAAUCAAAGAUUCCCCAGACUAUAACUGGUUCAGAAGCACAGUUCCCCUGAAAAGAAUUAUUGUUGAUGAUGAUGACAGCAAAGUGUGGUCCUUAUAUGAUGCAGGCCCAAAGAGCAUCAGGUGCCCCAUCAUCUUCCUUCCGCCCGUCAGUGGAACUGCAGAAGUGUUCUUCCAACAGAUGUUGGCUUUGACAGGCUGGGGCUACAGAGUAAUAUCUCUUCAGUAUCCAGUGUACUGGGAUCUCAUGGAGUUCUGUGAUGGAUUUCGGAGGCUUCUUGAUCACUUGCAGUUAGAUAAAGUUCAUCUUUUUGGGGCAUCCUUGGGUGGAUUCCUGGCCCAGAAGUUUGCGGAGUUCACAUGCAAAUCCCCCAGAGUUCACUCUUUGAUACUGUGUAAUUCAUUCAGUGAUACCUCCAUCUUUAACCAGUCAUGGACGGCGAACAGUUUUUGGUUGAUGCCAGCUUUCAUGUUGAAGAAGAUUGUUCUAGGGAACUUUGCUAAAGGACCUGUUGACCCAGAAAUGGCUGGUGCAAUUGACUUCAUGGUUGAUAGGCUGGAGAGCCUAAGCCAGAGAGAGCUAGCUUCCAGGUUAACACUAAACUGUCAGAACUCCUAUGUGGAGCCACACAAAAUAAAGGACGUUGCUGUGACUCUUAUAGAUGUUUUUGAUCAGAGUGCACUCUCGUUAGAAGCAAAAGAAGAGAUGUAUAAACUGUUUCCAAAUGCCAAACGAGCUCAUCUGAAAACUGGUGGAAACUUCCCUUACCUUUCCCGAAGUGCCGAUGUAAACCUCUACACACAGAUUCAUUUGCGUCAGUUCCAUGGAACACGGUAUGCUGCCAUUGACCCGGCUAUGGUGAGUGCUGAGGAGCUGGAGGUCCAGGAGUGUCACCUUAAAACAUGCCAAGAAUCUGACGAGGAACAAUGACAAGCAUUUUAUAGCUCUGCAAAAUUUACACUGUAACUUUCUGAUUAAAUUGACAUUAAUAAGAUAUUGUUUAUUUUGUCUGUGUGGAACUUUUAGUCAUCCAGAGCAUGGUAAUCUGCAAAGGUUGAUUAAAGACCACUGGACUCCUCUUGGUUGAUAUUUCACGUUGUA